GCGAUCUAUUGGUGAGGAGUCACCAGCCAGGCGCCCUAUAAUGGAAAAAUGGUGGUGACGCCCGAUUAUGCAGCACCUCCUCUUUUCUGGUUUUUUAUUUUCCUUCCGUUCUCACCGAGGCCUGGAAUUGACGCCAUAUUUUUUCUUGUGAUCUUCCUUUUGUUCCGUGCCUUUUAACUUUAUCUAUACGUCUUUGCCUACUUACAACUAAAACUCUACAGGCCAUCGCACAUCAUCAGUUUCCCUGAUCGCCCAGCAAGUGCCUUGAACUUUACAGUGGAGCCAGCGGUACCGGACAGCACCAACUACAGGGGAUCAUCUUCUGUGACGUCGGCCAUUUGUUUUUGAGGUUCCCUGUGUCCGUUGCAACGAUUCUUGGGCAGAAGGUUGUUCUGUCAGGCAUUCCUUGAUUUAGCGCGUCUUUUACUAGACUUUUGAGCUAUCAUACAAGAACUCUUCGAUUAAAAAAUCACCUCCUCUGAUUCAUCUCAGUCUGAAUCGGAAUUACACCCAAAAAGAACUCUCGCCACCUAGCAAUCCCUCGUGCCCAGCUUCACACGCAGACCAAAAAAAGACGCCCCUCCCCCUCCCUGAGUGCGCGGCCUCAGAGUCCACCCCUCGGCGCCCCCCGCAGGCACCGACCCAACUGAACUCUAGCGCCAUGGUCAUGGGUUUAACGCAUCUUCGGCGGGGUGAGUUUUUUCCAACGUUUUUUUUGUUUGACCUCUUUGGCCUCACCACUCCAUUCUUUGCGAUUCUUGACUUGGGGACCAUUUUCUAUUGUCUUCCAUUUCAGCAGCGUUGCUAUUCGCAUCGUAUCCCUUUCCCGCCCGUCUUUCUGUUUGACAGCACAAAGCACCGAAACCACCUGCACAGCCCCGCGCCAUCGUCAGCGAAAUGUCCAUGCUAACGGGUUGGUUUGCCCAACCGGAAGCCAGCCGAACGUCUGCCGACGAGAAUAACCGCUCCGAUGGCGAAGAUGACACUCAGGUAGUCGAGCCCGAGCAGGGCAACGUUCUCUCCCAUAUCAUCUCCCAGCUUCGUCCUGGCGCCGAUCUCAGCCGUGUCGUCCUUCCUACUUUCAUCCUGGAGCCUCGAAGCAUGCUGGAGAGAAUAACUAACUUCAUGUGCCAUCCCGAAAUGCUGCUUCACAUCCCCAACAUCGAUGAUCCUACCGAGCGCUUCCUGUCCGUCGUCAAGUUUUACCUCAGCGGCUGGCACAUUCGCCCACCAGGUGUCAAGAAGCCAUUGAACCCUAUUCUUGGAGAAAUCUACACCUGCUACUGGCAGCUCGAAGACAACAAGCGAGCCUACUACAUUUCCGAACAAACAUCUCACCACCCACCCAAGUCUAGCUACUUUUACCUGGCGCCCGAUCACCACAUCCGAAUCGACGGCACGCUCAAGCCCAGAAGCAAGUUUCUAGGCAACUCGGCUGCCAGUAUGAUGGAAGGAAUUGCAUAUCUGACGCUCCUGAACCGUGGCGAAAAUAAGUCCAAGGGAGAGAGAUACAUCAUCACACAGCCCAACAUGUACGCCCGCGGUAUUCUUUUCGGCAAGAUGAAAUAUGAGCUCGGAGACCACAGCUUUGUUCGUUGCCCCGAGCUAGAUCUUGUUGCAGACGUCGACUUUAAAACCAAGGGUUGGGUAGGCGGCACUUACAACGCUAUUGGCGGCUCCAUCAAGAAGGAGAGCACUGGCGAAAUUCUCUACGAACUAUCGGGAAUGUGGAACGAGGAGAUGUUCAUCAAGGACAUGGCCACUGGCCACCGCGAGAUGUUCUUCGAUGCCCGAACCGCCCAGCCUAGCGCUCCAUCCACCCGCCCACUCGAUGAGCAAGAGGAGCGUGAAUCACAAAAGCUAUGGGCCCCGACAGCCAAGGCGGUGAUUGACAGAAACCACGAACUUGCGACAGACGAAAAGACCAAAAUUGAGGACCGUCAGCGCGAGGAAGCUGCUGCUAGAGCCCAAGAGGGCGCUGAGUGGAAGCCAAAGCUUUUCCGUGCGGUCCACGCAGUUCCUGGCGAUGUGGAAGAGGGCGAGGGUGACUUGGAAUGGAUCAUUGAUGCUCACAUCGAUUCGACCGCCGCACCCGAUGUUCAGCGAGACCAAGUCUUGGCCAUUUACCCCAUUAUCGACGGACAGACCGUGGCCAACCUCGGAACCCCUCCCAAGGCGCCUGCACAGCCUGCGGAACAGUCAGCGUCCAAGGGUGAGGAUAGCUUGAUAGACUUUGGUGGCGAAUCCGAGGUGAAGCAGCAGAUCCAUCCAGCCAACGAUGUGGAACAAAUGCUACAGGAUACUGGCAAGCCUGCUGAAGGCUCGCUGAUUGACCUCUAGUCGUACACUCUUCACCGCCGCUACUCUUUGAUGAUUCUCCAGUUCCUCCCGAGGCGUAUACAUGGCACGUCUUAGAAGCCUCUGCUACAACUGUACAUAAACUUUUCAUGUAGCAAGCCACAUUUUAGUGUUAAUUUUUGCCGCUUUUACCCGUUCUUUUUAGGAUUAAUAUCACAUCAUCAUUAUAGUUUCACAUUUGCACGUGUCAACGGUAAACAAUCAUAGACGUAGUGAAUACAUGUUUAAUUUCUUGAUCCGAGGCAGAAGAGUUUAUGCGGUACAGAAAAUAUGAACCCGUUCAGAAAAGCAAUGCCCAAACAAGUAAACAGUGAAGAAGAUAAACGCCAGCCAAAUGACAGUACCAAAAAAAACACGAAAUAUUUUGAGGCUCCUUGCCUGUUGUUGCACCCCAGUUUCAUUCUUUUUCUUUCCUUCCUCUUCUUUUUGUCGCCAUAUCGUCGAAACGCAGCUCUGCUGCAUAUCUAGGCCAUUAUACACGGGGUUAACCCCCCUCCAAUUAUUGCAGUAGCAUCAUACUCAAUCUCUUGCUUAGAAGCGGCGUCGUGUAGGCUCAGGUGUCGGCGAUCUGCUGACGCUGCGCUCGUCGCGACCCCGCGUACGCAGCCACUUCUUGGUGCUGAGGGUGAUUUCGCGAUCGAGUUCAUCCGAGGGCUUCUUGCGGUGAAUGAAGUUGCAGAAGCCGCCGCGCACGCAGCCCUCGCCCGAGUUAAGACGGCAGCAGGCUUCGCGGAAGUCGGUGACGGGGCUGAGUUCGCAGUAGAUUGGGCGCGCGGCGUACCAGCGGCUGUUGAGUUCGUCGCAGGCCUUUUGGGCCGAAUCUUCGUAUUUGAAUCGCGCGUAGACGUUGCCGAUAAGGUCUGUAUUUUGCAAGCGUUGGUUAGUAAAAAAGGAUGUUUGCUUGGUAGGUUAGGACUUACGAUCGUUGUUGUUGUCGCAGACAACGAGUUCCUCGAGCUCGCCGUACUUGCAGAGCUCGCACCAAAUGUCCUCGUAAAAGGCUUCAAAGUGGUUCUGGAGCUGCGACGGGU